CACAAUGCAUUGCAGCACAGUCUCUGCAGGGACGGCGAGGAAAACGGUAGAAAUUAGGAUUUUUUUUGGUCCUUUUUGGUGUAAUUUAGACUCAUUUCUGCACAUUUAAUCGCUGCUAUCGAACUCUCCGGAUUGCCUUGAUUCCUGGUGAGAUUUCGCACAGCUCAUAUUUAUUUGAUUUAUUAAAUUGGGCUCCACAGACCCGCCCCUUCCAUCCACUCUCCUCCAGACACUGAGUCCAAGAUGACGGCCAUCAGCAGGACCAGGAGCCGGGCACCCCGCACAGAUGAUGCAGAGGAGAAAGACUAUGUCGGUUUCGCGACGCUGCCCAACCAGCUGCACAGGAAGUCGGUGAAGAAAGGAUUCGACUUCACGCUGAUGGUGGCAGGAGAGUCUGGUCUGGGUAAAUCCACCCUGGUGAACAGUCUGUUCCUCACUGACCUUCACAAAGACAGGAAACUUCUCAACGCUGAAGAGCGCAUCCAUCAGACGGUGGAGAUCACCAAGCACACGGUGGACAUCGAGGAGAAAGGCGUGAAGCUGAAGCUCACCAUCGUGGACACGCCGGGGUUCGGAGACGCCGUCAACAACACCGAGUGCUGGAGAGCGGUCACUGACUACAUCGAGCAGCAGUUUGAGCAUUACUUCAGAGACGAGAGCGGCUUGAACAGGAAGAACAUCCAGGACAACCGAGUGCACUGCUGCCUCUACUUCAUCCCCCCCUUCGGACAUGGGCUGCGUCCCGUUGACAUAGAGUUCAUGAAGGCGCUGCAGGACAAGGUGAACGUGGUUCCUCUCAUCGCUAAAGCCGACUGCCUCACCCCAAUGGAGAUCAAGAAACUCAAAGAGAGGCUGAGGGAGGAGACAGAUAAGUACGGGAUAAAGAUCUACCAGUUCCCGGACUGCGACUCUGACGAAGACGAGGAGUUCAAGAGGCAGGACAGAGAGCUGAAGGAGAGCAGUCCCUUCGCGGUGAUCGGCAGCAACACGGUGGUGGAGGCUCGAGGGCAGAGGGUCAGAGGGAGGCUCUACCCCUGGGGCAUCGUGGAGGUGGAGAACCCGUCCCACUGCGACUUUGUGAAGCUGAGGACGAUGCUGAUCAGAACCCACAUGCACGACCUGAAGGACAUCACCAGCGACUGUCACUACGAGAACUACCGGGCGCAGUGCAUCCAGACCAUGACCACGAAGAUGAAUUCAGACUCUCGGGUGGAGAGUCCGAUCCCCAUCCUGCCCCUGAACACACCGGACGUGGAGACGGAGAAACUCAUCAAGAAGAAAGACGAUGAGCUGAGGAGGAUGCAGCAGAUGCUCCAGAAGAUGCAGCAGCAGAUGCAUGAGCAGGACCUGUGACCUUUUAUAAUUAAGUGUGACUUCUUUUUAUUUAGGAUUUUAAAAACACAGGACAAAACUCCCACACAAUUGUAAACCCAAAUGAUUCACAACAUUCAAAAGAAUUGUAAGGCACUCUUGAAAGUCAUUCAUUUGAUCUGUAUUCAUUUUCAUUCCUUUUCUAUUUAUUUUAAGGUUUUAUUUUUAUUAUUAUUUAUUUAUUUUAAUAUUCAAGUUUUUAACUAAAUAAGAAUUAAGGCAGACUUUGAAAGUCAAACGAUUAAAUGCAAUUUCUUACUUUUUUUAAAGACUAUUUAUUUGGUUAAACUCUACUAUGUAACAUGCAUGUUAAAAUGAACUCAUUAAAUUAGUAAAAGGAAUUUCUUGUAGAAUUUAAAACAAUAUCUACACGCCAUAAAUAUAUUUUUCAGUGUCGAAUAACUGCAUGCUGGGAAAUGUAGUUUUUACCCACUUUUAAGAAUAUACUUUGCAUUUUUGUAUUGUUAUGCAGUCCUUAGCCAAGUCUCGUUAGACAGUAGAGAGUAGAGCACCUUUAGAUCACAUUUCCAAGUACUUGAAUGAGAAACAUGCACCUCAGUUUCUUAAGUGAUUAUUGCAGAUAUUUUGAAAAGUAGUUGAUGUUUUGCAGGCUUAGCAGCAGAUGCAUGUUAAGAAAGAGUGUGUGUGUGUGUGUGUGUGUGUGUGUGUGUGUGUGUGUGUGUGUGUGUGUGUGUGUGUGUGUGUGUGUGUGUGUGUGUGUGUGUGUGUGUGAGUGUGUGUGUGUGUGUGUGUGUGUGUGUGAGAGUGUGUGAGUGCACUACUGCAUACUUCUUCUUGUAUUGAAGAGGCCCUAUCAUGCUUCUUUGGGCUUUUCUCUUUCCUCCCACACACUGUCUGAAACAAGGUACUGCAGUGUACAAUCUUUGGAAAAUGUAACGUGAAACAAUCCUGCAGACGGUACACUGACUCUUUUUUAUUUACGCGUGUGUGUAUGUAUGAUAUUUACCAUCACCCUCCUAUAUCCAGAUGUGAUUUCAGUGACCAAAUAAAAGUGUCUAACACGGUCUUGCCAAGCAGAGAAACAAUUGGAGUAAGACCCUGACACAUGAUGAGCCUUAAAGUAAUAACUUUGUUUCUACAGCGAAAAAACUGUGGAGAAAAUAUGCUUUACGGUAUAACAAGGUCAUGAAUCAGAGGGUUAAAACACUGAAUAAAAUCUCUGUUUCCAUCAAGUGUCUGUUUCUAUAUUUCUCUUCC